AAUGUCUGCACCUCAAGGACAUCAAACCCCAAAAACGACAACUAAUGAUGUUAAUCGACGUUCAGCAAAUUUCUCUCCCACCAUUUGGGGCGAUUAUUUCUUAUCAUAUGCUUCUAUUGAAACAAAUAUAGAAGAAGAGCAACGUAUUCAAGAACUGAAGGAAAGAGUGAAGAGGAUGAUAAUGUCUCCAAUACCUAGUAAACCUUUGAAAAAAUUGGAAUUGAUUGAUGCCAUUCAGCGUUUAGGCGUCUCCCGCCAUUUUGAAAAUGAGAUUGAUCAAGUUUUGCUGCAAAUUCACAACUCUUAUCACUGUUAUCACCAAGGAAGUGAUGAUGAUGAGGAUCUUCAUGCUGCUGCUCUCUAUUUUCGAUUGUUUAGACAACAAGGUUAUAAUAUUUCAUGUGAUAUGUUCAACAAGUUCAAGGACGUCAAUGAUGCGAAAUUUAAGGGAUCACUCACGAAUGAUAUUGUCGGACUACUAAGCUUGUACGAAGCUACGCAUCUGAGGGUACACGGAGAAGAUAUACUAGAAGAGGCAUUAAGCUUCACCACCACUCAUCUCGAGUCAGCAGCUCAUCGUUUAAGCCCCGGGCCACUUUUGCAACAAGUAAAGCAUGCAUUGUACCAGCCAUUCUGGAAGGGCAACCCAAGGCUAGAAGCAAGGCGUUACUUGUCCAUCGACUGCGAAAAGAAUUCACAUAAUGAGACUCUCCUGACUUUUGCAAAGUUGGAUUUCAACCUCUUGCAGAAAGUCCAUCAGAAGGAACUAAGUGAAAUUACAAGAUGGUGGAAGGAGUUGGACUUUGUAAACAAGUUACCGUUUGCAAGGGACAGAGUAGUUGAGAGCUACCUUUGGGCUUUAGGGUGCUACUACGAACCUGAAUACUCGUUUGCUAGGAUGACAUUUGGCAAAGUAACUGCUGUGUUAGUUGUUAUUGAUGAUAUUUAUGACGUGUACGGCACAUUUGAAGAACUAGAGCUGUUUACUGAAGCUGUUGAAAGGUGGGACGUCUCUGCCAUGGUUCAUUUGCCAGAGUACAUGAAAGUCUGUUAUCAAGCAUUGUUGGAUCUCUACGCUGAAAUUGAGGAAAAGCUUGGAAACGAGGGAAACUCAUAUCGCAUCAACUAUGCGAGAGAAGCAAUGAAAAUCCAAGUUAAAUCUUACUUCAAGGAAGCAAAAUGGUUCUACGAUAACUACACACCAACCAUGGAUGAAUAUUUGUCAGACGCACUUAAUACAUCCUACUUCUUGCUAGCAACCAUAGCCUUUGUUGGAAUGGGAAGUGUUGUUACAAAAGACUCCUUGGAUUGGGUGUUUAGUGACCCUAAGAUUGUAAAGGCAACAUCAUUAAUUGGUAGACUCGUGGAUGAUAUAAAGUCUCACAAGUUUGAGCAGAAGAGAGGGCAUGUUGCCUCAUCAGUGGAAUGCUACAUGAAGGAACAUGAUGCCACAGAGGAACAAGCAAUAAUCGAACUAAGCAAGCAAGUGAAUAAUGCAUGGAAGGACGUAAACGAAACGUGUCACCGCCCUACCAUUUUCCCUAUGCAGCUAAUACUACGAAUUGUCAAUCUUGCACGAGUGAUUGAAGUUUUAUACAAGCAUGACGAUGGCUUUACUCAUGCUGGAAUCUUUCUCAAGGAUAUUGUGGUUUCACUCUUUGUCGAACCCGUGCCUCUUUAGGCCUUCAAUUUGGACUAGUUGUUCUCUUUACUAAAUUCAACAAUAAGGCAUCGCCAUUGGCCAACAAAAUACGAAUGAGCCAGUCUUUGUACUGGUAUUUCGUUGAAACCAUGUUUUAAUAUAUUUGUUUGAAUUGUUUGUUUUCUCUUUGAUACUACAAAUGAAAUAAAUUUAAUUUCCGUUC